AUGGAGAGCAUGUACUCAGUGGAGCCAGCACCUGAUGGUGCCAGCCCCACCUCACUGGAUGAACUCAUCUUCCUGGAUGCCCUGGCAAACAGCACGCAGGAGCAAUGCUUCAGCGCCCGCUCCCGCAGCACUGUCCUGGAAGGGCUGCCGUUCGGAGGUGUGCCCACCGUGCUCGCCAUCAACUUCAUCCUCUGGCUGCUUCUCCUUCUGGUCUUCUCUUGUCUUCGGAAAGCAGCUUGGGACUAUGGACGCCUGGCACUGCUGAUGGACAAUGAUAGUCUGACAUCACUUUUCUACGGAGAGCAGAGUGAGAAGGAGAAGUCCCCAUCAGAGAGCAGCCCUCUGGAUGCCGACAACAAGGAUGUGGGAUUCUGCUCCUGGCUCAUUUCUAUCUACCAGAUGAAGGACGAGGAGAUUCAGAGCAAGUGUGGGAUCGAUGCCACCACCUACCUCUCCUUCCAGCGACACCUCCUGGUCCUGCUGAUGCUGGUCUGUGUGCUCUCUGUGGCUGUCAUCCUACCUGUCAACUUCUCUGGAGACCUCAUGGGACACAAUCCCACCCACUUUGGCCGGACAACCAUCGCCAACAUCCCAACACAGGACCGUCUCCUCUGGCUGCACAGCAUCUUUGCCCUCAUCUAUUUCAUCCUCACUGUCCUUUGCAUGGCUCACCACUCCGUCCACCUGGAAUACAGAGAGAAUGAGAAGGUUGCGCGGACACUGAUGGUAACCCACAUCCCCAGGGAGAUCACAGACCCUUCCCUUAUCAUCAAGCAUUUCCAUGAGGCUUAUCCCAGCUGCACUGUCACCAAUGUCCAGUUCUGCUUCGACGUGCGCAAGCUGAUGAAGCUGGAUGCGGAGAGGCGCAAGGCAAUGAAGGGGCGGCUUUACUUCACCACCAAGGCACAGAAAGAGGGGAAGAUCAUGAUCAAAACCCAUCCCUGCGCUCGCAUCUUCUGCUGCCGCUUCUGUGGCUUUGAGCAGCACGGCAGAGUCCUGGCUGGUGUGGAUGCUGAGCAGUACUACGGGGAGCUAGAGGAGAAGCUCACGGAUGAAUUCAAUGCUGAACGCAACCGCAUCACACUCAAGCGGCUUGACAUGGCCUUCGUCACCUUCCAGGAUGAGCGGAUGACAGCUGUGAUUUUGAAGGACUACAGCCACAUCCACUGCCGCAAGCACCCCCAGCAGUCCUCUGUCACCACUGUGGUCAAGUCACACCACUGGGGUGUUUGCUAUGCACCUGCACCCAGCGAUAUCAUCUGGGAGAAUUUAUCAGUCCGUGGCACAUCCUGGUGGGUACGAUUCAUCCUCCUUAAUAUCUGCCUGUUCGUCCUUCUCUUCUUCCUCACCACGCCAGCCAUCAUUGUCAACACUAUGGACAUGUUCAAUGUCACACACCCUGUGGAGACUCUCAAGAACCCCAUCAUCACCCAGUUCUUCCCCACGCUGCUGCUCUGGGCCUUCUCCGUCUUCCUGCCCUUCCUUGUCUACUACUCGUCAUUCUUCGAGUCGCAUUGGACGAGGUCAAGUGAAAACCAGAUUACCAUGCACAAGUGCUUCUUCUUCCUGGUGUUCAUGGUUAUCAUCCUGCCCUCGCUGGGCCUGAGCAGCCUGGACCUGUUUUUCCGCUGGCUUUUCGAUACCCACUUUCUGGAUGAGGCCGAAAUCAAGUUCCAGUGCGUUUUCCUCCCAGACAACGGCGCUUUCUUCGUCAACUACGUGGUCACCUCCAGCCUGAUUGGGACGGCCAUGGAGCUGCUGCGCAUCCCCGGCCUCCUCGUCUACACUGCUCGUCUCUGCUUUGCCAAGUCCGAGCCCGAGAGGCUCCAUGUCAAGCGGAGCCAAGCCUACCAGUUCCAGUUUGGACUGGAGUAUGCCUGGACCUGCUGCAUCUUCUCUGUCGUCAUGACCUACAGCAUCACCUGCCCCAUCAUCGUCCCCUUUGGGUUGCUCUACAUGCUGCUCAAGCACAUGGUUGACCGGUACAACAUUUACUAUGUGUACAUCCCCACCAAGCUGAACCAGCGCCUCCACGUCGCUGCCAUCAGCCAGGUCGUGGUGGCCCCCAUCCUCUGCAUGUUCUGGCUGCUCUUCUUCUCCAUCCUGCGCCUCGGUCCCACCCGGCCUGUCACCCUCUUCACCUUUGUGGUCCUCCUCUCCUGCAUUAUCUUCUCCUUCUUUGGCCUCUGCCUGAAGAAGCUGCAGCCGCGGAGACCCUCCAGCUACCAGAUGUCUGACCAGUCUGAAGGCUCCUUCAAUGACGUGGAGCGGAGCAGCGUUUCCUCCACCCCCAACUCCAAUCUCUUUGUGGCCACAGUCCUACAGGAGCCUGAGCUGAGCCUGACGCCGGCGGCAUCCCCUGCACAUCAGUCCUAUGGCACCAUGGGCAACCACCUGGAGCCAGCAGAGGACGGGGAGGAUGGGGGGCUGCAGAGCUUUGAGACAGAGCUGGAGACAGUGGAGGGCGAGUACAGGAGUGGCCCCGUGAUGGAGAGCCAAGCUCGCUACCAGUGA